ACAUCCUUCCCGUGAUGCUUUGCGGACCCAAAUUGAUCAGCAAAAGAAAACAAUUGUAUCUUGCAUGCUCUGUUUUAAAGAGUAAAACAAAAUAAAACAAGAUAUUUCCACUAGAAUUAAUACCACAAAUAAGAACACGUAAAAGUUGCGUGACGGGAGGAUUUAAUUCGGGCACGAACCAUGGAUCAGGACUAUGAAUGCAGGCUGCUCAGGCAGAUCAACAUUCAAAAUGAGAAUGCAAGCCCUAUAAAAGCAGUAGGAGCUGUGCGGGCUCUGACACCCACCACCUCCCCCCUGUCCUCGCCGAGCAAGCAUGGUGAUCGCUUUAUUCCCUCCCGGGCUGGAGCCAACUGGAGUGUCAACUUCCACCGCAUCAAUGAAAUUGAAAAGUCGCACAAUCAAAACAGAAAAACGAAAGAUGGCACAACCGACAGCAACAAAGCGGACGGCCUGGCUUACUCCGCUCUGCUGAAGAACGAGCUGUUAGGAGCGGGCAUCGAGAAAGUCCAGGACCCCCAGUCAGAAGACCGCCGUCUGCAGCCAUCAACUCCAGCCAAGAGAAGCCUUUUUAGUUAUUCCGUAAGUGCAAAGAGGGCUCUGCCAGAAGAAGAUGGAAACACGGUCUCUCCAUAUUCUCUCUCACCUGUCAGUAGCAACAGCCAGAAACUGCUGCGGUCGCCAAGAAAACCUACACGCAAAAUAUCAAAGAUACCUUUUAAAGUCUUGGACGCUCCAGAGCUUCAGGACGACUUUUACCUCAACCUAGUGGACUGGUCCUCUCUGAAUGUACUCAGUGUGGGACUGGGUACCUGUGUCUACCUGUGGAGUGCCUGUACCAGCCAGGUGACGCGUCUAUGCGAUCUUUCUGUAGAAGGAGAUUCUGUAACGUCAGUGGGCUGGUCAGAGAGGGGCAACCUGGUGGCAGUGGGAACGCAUAAAGGAUAUGUACAGAUUUGGGACGCAGCAGCAGGAAAGAAGCUCUCCGUACUAGAAGGACACACAGCCCGAGUGGGUGCGUUGGCAUGGAAUGCGGACCAGCUGUCGUCUGGGAGCCGUGAUCGGGUGAUCCUCCAGCGGGACAUCAGGGCCCCGCCUCUCCAGUCGGAGCGCCGUCUCCAAGGGCACAGACAGGAGGUCUGCGGGCUUAAGUGGAGCACGGACCACCAGCUGCUAGCCUCAGGUGGAAACGACAACAAGUUACUUGUGUGGAACCACUCGAGCGUCCUCCCGGUGCAGCAGUACACGGAGCACUUGGCCGCGGUGAAAGCCAUCGCCUGGUCGCCCCACCAGCACGGCCUGCUGGCCUCCGGGGGCGGCACCGCCGACCGCUGCAUCCGCUUCUGGAACACUCUGACCGGCCAGCCGUUACAGUGCACCGACACCGGCUCUCAGGUCUGCAACCUGGCCUGGUCCAAGCACACCAAUGAGCUGGUGAGCACACAUGGUUAUUCCCAGAACCAGAUCCUUGUGUGGAAGUAUCCCUCGCUCACUCAAGUGGCCAAACUUACUGGACAUUCCUACAGGGUUCUCUACCUGGCCAUGUCCCCUGACGGAGAGGCCAUUGUGACGGGAGCAGGAGAUGAAACACUUCGGUUUUGGAACGUCUUUAGCAAGAUGAGAUCCACUAAGGAAUCCGUGUCAGUGCUUAACCUCUUCACCAGGAUCCGGUAGUUGGCACCCCGCUCUUACUACGAGGGCAUGAUGCCGGGAAAGGGGGUUUAACUUUGCAUGUAUCAAACUCGCUCUUUUGAGUGUUUACCUCAGCAGUCUGCAGAGGGGCCCCUCGAGCGCUCUUAGUGAUUUAGCCACGUUGUAGCUGGAGGUGGGAGGGAGCUGGAGAGAUGACCGAGUGUCGAGGGCAGAGGAGAUGUGCAUGUACAGUAUUCCACUUCCUCCUUAAUAAUAGAGCCACUGACUCACCCAACAGACCAGGGAUCUGUGAUGAUGAGGCGAAUGUGGGGGGCGGCGGCGUUUCUCUCCCCAUGUCAUUAUGUUUUGUUUACAGACUGACAUUGUGCUUUCCUGCCAAAUAUUGAGUUCAUCCUUUCGUUCUGUCUUAUUUAUUUUAACCUUUUUUUCCUCUAUUUUAAAAACAUUUUUAAAAUGUAUCCCUACUAGUUGUUUGUUCUGGAGGCCGGUGGGUUUUAUUUUGUGCAAACUGCAGUUUCUUUGGUCUGAUCUGUGGAGUAUGUUCGCAGAACAAUUCCAGGCUCUCGUUUUGUAUUUUACCGGGUGACGAUAAUGUUUCAUGGACACUGUUAAACGAAUACGUCAUCCUGUGCCGCUUCGACUUCAACUGUAAAUGCUUAACUAGGUUUUGACAAAUUGGUCCGGUAUCUUUUUCUCUACAUCAAGUUAAUGAUUUCAUUAUUGAACAAGCUCGUUGUUUUAAAUUCAAAUGGAGGAAAUCAUUAUUUGGUAAGAACACACAUAAGAGCAUUAGUGGAUGGAAAAUCUGGCAACGGUUAAAGUUGGUAAGUUAAAAUGAAAAUAUUUAGUCUGUCUAAAAAUGUUUUCAUAUCUGCAGUGUUUCCACCCAAUUUUCACCUUUUCCCUAUUUGAGUCAACUAUCGUGCCACAUUUAAACGAAUGCUAUUUAUUUGUAUUGUGAAAAAAGGUUAUUGUACAGAAAUGGCAUGGUUGUUACUAAUAUCUGGGGGAAGUUUAUGGGCAGUUUCACUGCCAGACGAUGUGGAAAUUUAUUUGAAAGCCACUUCAAAAUCAAGACAAUGCUGCAAACUCGAAUUGCAGAAAGAAUGUUAAAAAAAAAGAAAUAUUUCUUUACUCACAGAUAAUCAACAAUAAACGAUCAUAUCUUUUA